AUGAAUGCCCCACCCAAAAAGAUCCAGGAGCAGCUGGCAGAACAGGAGAUCAACAUUUGCCAGUUUCCAGACUGUGAUUCCGAUGACGAUGAAGAUUUCAAGAAACAGGAUGCUGAGAUGAAAGCGAGCAUCCCCUUUGCUGCGAUUGGCUCCAGCAGCGUGGUGAGGGUCGGCGCUGCCAGGAUGGUGAGGGGUCCCCUCUACCCCUGGGGAGCAGCAGAAGUGGAAAAUCCUCGUCACUGUGACUUCCUCAACCUGAGAGGUAUGUUGGUACAGACCCACUUACAGGACCUGAAGGAGGUGACCUAUGACCUGCUCUAUGAAGGCUACCAAGCCCGUUGUCUUCAUAGCCUGGCCCGUCCUGGGGCCCAGGAACGAGCCAGUCGAAGCAAGUUGUCCUGCCACAGUGCCACUGAAAUACCCCUCCCUAUGCUGCCCCUAGCAGAGACAGAGAAACUUAUCAGGGAAAAGGAUGAGAAGCUGCGCUGGAUGCAGGAGAUGCUGGAGAAGAUGCAGGCCCAGACGCAGCAGAGCCAGGGAGAACAGUCCGACGUCCUCUCAACCCACUUCUCUCCCUCUUCAAAACACCUGGAGCUAUCCGUGCAGGUGCACAUGCUCUCCCUCCACCCUGUCCCCGCGCCCACGUUCGCUGCCCUCCCAAUGGUCCGGGCCACAAAGAAGGGCGCAUCUUGGCUUGAAGGACGGACCUCCUGCCAGGCUCCCCACUGA